AUGACUUUCGUCGACGCACAGCUCAAGGAUGUCGCCAUCCUGGGCGCCAUCCCUAACGAAGCCCGCAAAAUCCUCACCAAGGAAGCAUGCGCCUUCCUGGCAAUUCUGCACCGCACCUUCAACCCGACGCGCAAGGCGCUCCUGCAACGCCGCAUCGACCGCCAGGCCGAGAUCGACAAGGGCCACCUGCCCGACUUCUUGCCGGAGACGCGACACAUCCGCGAGAACGAUGCCUGGAAGGGCGCACCGCCGGCCCCUGGCCUGGUCGACCGCCGCGUCGAGAUCACCGGCCCGACCGACCGCAAGAUGGUGGUGAACGCGCUCAACUCGGAUGUCUGGACGUACAUGGCCGAUUUCGAGGACUCGAGCGCCCCGACCUGGGAUAACAUGAUCCACGGCCAGGUCAAUCUGUAUGAUGCGAUCCGGCGCCAGGUCGAUUUCCAGCAGGGCGGCAAAGAGUAUAAGCUGCGGACCGAUCGCACUUUGCCCACGUUGAUUGCUCGUGCCCGUGGCUGGCACCUGGAUGAGAAGCACUUUACCGUUGAUGGCGAGCCUAUCUCGGGUGGAUUGUUUGACUUCGGACUCUAUUUCUUCCACAAUGCCAAGGAGCUUGUUGCUCGUGGCGCUGGCCCGUACUUCUAUCUGCCCAAAAUGGAGUCGCACCUCGAGGCUCGUCUGUGGAACGACGCUUUCAACCUCGCCCAGGACUAUGUGGGUGUCCCGCGGGGCACGAUCCGCGGCACGGUCUUGAUCGAGACUAUCACUGCGGCGUUUGAGAUGGACGAGAUCAUCUACGAGCUCCGCGACCAUAGCUCUGGCCUCAACUGCGGCCGCUGGGACUACAUCUUCUCGUUCAUCAAGAAGUUCCGCCAGCACCCCAACUUCGUCCUGCCCGACCGCUCCGACGUGACCAUGACCGUGCCAUUCAUGGACGCCUACGUGAAGCUGCUGAUCAAGACGUGUCACCGACGUGGCGUACAUGCAAUGGGUGGCAUGGCUGCCCAGAUCCCCGUCAAGAACGACCCGGCUGCCAACGACCGGGCAAUGGAGAGCGUGCGGGCCGACAAGCUGCGCGAAGUGCGAGCAGGCCACGACGGCACCUGGGUGGCACACCCGGCGCUGGCCGCCAUUGCCUCGGAGAUCUUCAACAAGCAUAUGCCGACGCCGAACCAGCUCUUCGUGCGCCGUGAGGAUGUCUACAUCACGGCCAACGAUCUUCUCAACACCAACGUGCCCGGCAAGAUUACCGAGGACGGCAUCCGCAAGAACCUGAACAUCGGGCUGAGCUAUAUGGAGGGGUGGCUGCGCGGGAUUGGCUGCGUGCCAAUCAACUUCCUGAUGGAGGACGCCGCCACCGCCGAAGUAUCCCGCAGCCAGCUGUGGCAGUGGACCCGCCACAACGUGUCCACCUCCGAAGGCAAGCGCGUCGACAAGGGCUACGCGCUGCGUCUGCUGCAGGAGCAGGCCGACAACCUCGCCUCCAAGGGGCCCAAGGGCAACAAAUUCCAGCUGGCGGCGCGCUACUUUGCCGGUCAGGUUACUGGCGAGGACUAUGCGGAUUUCCUGACGAGCUUGUUGUACAAUGAGAUCUCGUCGGCUGGUACCGCGGCGAAGCUGUGA